GGAUCAGAUCUACCAUCUAGCAUCUCCUGCUUCUCCUCCAAAUUACAUGUAUAAUCCUAUAAAAACAUUAAAGACCAACACUAUUGGGACAUUAAACAUGCUGGGGUUAGCUAAACGUGUUGGAGCACGGCUGCUGCUGGCCUCUACAUCAGAGGUAUAUGGAGAUCCUGAAGUUCACCCUCAGAAUGAGGAUUACUGGGGCCAUGUGAAUCCAAUAGGUCCAAGAGCCUGCUAUGAUGAAGGAAAGCGGGUUGCAGAGACCAUGUGCUAUGCAUACAUGAAGCAGGAAGGAGUUGAAGUGAGGGUUGCCAGAAUAUUCAAUACCUUUGGUCCUCGAAUGCAUAUGAAUGAUGGUAGAGUUGUCAGUAAUUUUAUCCUACAAGCCCUUCAGGGAGAACCACUAACAGUCUAUGGACCUGGAACUCAGACGAGAGCUUUCCAGUAUGUCAGUGACCUUGUGAAUGGGUUGGUGGCGUUGAUGAACAGCAAUGUCAGCAGUCCUGUCAACUUGGGAAACCCGGAAGAGCACACUAUCCUAGAAUUUGCCCAGUUAAUUAAAAAACUUGUUGGCAGUGGGAGUGAAAUCCAGUUUCUCUCAGAAGCACAGGAUGACCCUCAGAAACGAAAACCUGACAUCAGAAAAGCCAAGUUAUUGCUUGGCUGGGAACCUGUGGUCCCAUUGGAAGAAGGUUUGAAUAAAGCAAUUCAUUACUUCCGUAAAGAACUUGAGUAUCAGGCGAACAAUCAGUAUAUUCCCAAACCAAAACCCGCAAGGAUGAAAAAAGGAAGAACAAGACAUAACUGAAGACUAUUAGUUGGACAGGAAAUUCCCUGCUUGACAUUUGACGGAUGUAAUUUUUUUUUCGUCUUGUUCUUUGUGAGAGAGACUUUGAAACAGGUAUCAUGAAGAAUAAACUGGAAUUUCAUUCUGAAGCUUGCUUUAAACAAGUGGAUGUGCCUAAAAAUAACAAACAAAUACUCCCCUUCCCCUGCAAAUCUUGCCUUGCACUUUUUAAAUCUGUCUUUUUAUGUAAAAUAGAGUAGAGGCAUCUUUUAGUAUCUUCAAGUUUUAUAUCUUGCUGUGAGAUCAUUUUGUUGUGACUGUCCUUGACAGUUUUAUUUACUGGUUUCUUUGUGAAGCUGAAGAUAAACACAAAUGGGAUGGAAAAUGCCAAUUUAUUUAUAAAAUGGGUACUAUAAAAUAUGAGAUGUUCUACUAUGCAUAAGAAAAAAGCUAGUGGUAUUGUCAGGUGAGAGACACUGACAUCUAAGUAUAGAGGAGUUUAAAAGAAUUCUGUAUGAGAGCUUUAUGUAUCCUUUAAAGGAGAGAUUUUUUCAAAGGUUUAGUUUUAGUUGUACACUUGAAUUUGAGAUAUUUUCAUUGAUUACCAUGGAUAAGGAUAUUUUGAAUCACUGCUGUGUUGUGCAUACUCUGGGAAUAAAGUUAAUGUAUUAUUGGUUACAGUGGUUAAAUAUGCUAUUUUAAUAAAAUACUGAAACUUCUAUUUA